CUUUUAUCAUGUAAUUAAGGCGAACUUUGUGCGGAAAUUGUUGUGGAAAUGUCCGACCAUCAGAAUGAGCCAUCUGAGCUAGACACUGACCUCACAUCUAAUGAUUCAGACAUGGACUGUUCCCAAAGCGUUUGCUCUGACACCCACUCAGACAACACCUCAGUACACACUGAGAAAAGUACUCUGUCUGAGUCCACCAUCCAUGCACUGAGCGGAGGCAGUGAGGCUGAAAAUGUUGCUGUUUUACCAAGCCUGCUUUCGGAAAAGAAGAUUCCCAAUAUUUCGGCGAUCAAUCGCAGCAUGUUGCUGCCCUGGGGGGCUCAGAAGGAUCGCCUGUCCCAUCUGCUGAUGCUCGGCCAGAACGCUGAGGGCGAAACCCGUCCAGGCGAAUUUGUGAUGAGGAGCCUGUUCCAGGAAUUCACCAUUCUUGCCGAGAAGAAGAUUGAAAGCGUCAUGACCGAGCCGCAGGAAAAGCCACUUUCCAAAACCCUUCAAAGGGGCGAGGACUCGCAGUUUGAUCAACUUCUGAGCGCAUUUGGCUCGGUGGCAGAGCAUUGCCUGCCAUCGCUCCUGAAGGCGCUAUUUUCCUGGCAUGAGCGGCAAAUGUCCGAGGUUUCCAACCCGGAACAGAAAAAAAGCGAUAUCAAGCAGAAAAGCAUCAUUAACAUCGUGGCAGGCAACACGACUGAAACCCCCGAGCGAUCGGAAGCAGACAUUCAGAAAGAGAAACGGGAUCUUGCAGUGGAGUUCAUAUUCUGCUUGGUGUUGAUCGAAGUAUUGAAGCAACUCUCCUUCCAUCCGGGCCACGAGGAUCUGGUUCAGUACAUUGAAAACUUGGCGUUGAAGCACUUCAAACAUCAGGAUGGCAUCCAAAACAACCCCAACAGCGCGAAUAUUCACAUGAUCUGCGAUCUUUACGCUGAAGUAAUCGGAGCGUUGGCACAAAGCCGAUUCAUGUCUGUGCGGACGCGGUUUAUGGCGGAACUGAAGGAAUUGCGUUCGAGAGAGUCAAGCCCGGCCACCACUCAAAGCAUUAUUAGCUUGCUGAUGGGGAUGAAGUUUUUCCGCGUCAAAAUGGUGCCUAUUGAGGAGUUCGAAGCAUCCUUCCAGUUCAUGCAAGAGUGCGCCCAAUAUUUCCUCGAAGUGAAGGACAAGGACAUCAAGCACGCCCUCGCAGGCUUGUUUGUGGAGAUUCUGGUUCCGGUGGCAGCGGCUGUUAAGAACGAGGUGAAUGUGCCGUGUUUGAAAAACUUUGUGGAAAUGCUCUACUCGCAGACGGUGGAUGCCAGCACCAAAGCCAAACAUCGACUGGCGCUGUUUCCGUUGGUAACCUGCUUGCUUUGCGUUAGCCAAAAAACCUUCUUUCUGCAGUCCUGGCACUGCUUCCUCGCCAUGUGUCUGGCGCACUUGAAGAACCGCGACCCCAAAAUGUGCAGAGUGGCUCUGGAAUCUCUUUAUCGGCUUCUUUGGGUCUACAUGAUCCGAAUCAAGUGCGAGAGCAACUCCGCGACCCAAUCCCGCCUGCAGAGCAUCGUAAACUCCCUGUUCCCCAAAGGCUCCAAAGGGGUGGUUCCCAGAGAUACUCCCCUAAACAUCUUCGUGAAAAUCAUCCAGUUUAUCGCCCAAGAGCGGCUGGAUUUCGCCAUGCGCGAAAUUGUGUUCGACCUGCUUUCGGUCGGACGGCCCAUCAAGAUGAUACUGACUCCAGAGCGGAUGAGCAUCGGGCUGCGGGCUUUUUUGGUCGUUGCCGACAGUCUGCAGCAAAAGGAAGGAGACCCGCCUAUGCCCAGAUCGGUAGGCGUCCUCCCCAGCGGAAAUACGUUGAGGGUGCGCAAGACCUUCCUCAAUAAGAUGCUGACUGAAGACACGGCAAAGAGCAUCGGGAUGAACGCGUAUUUUCCCCAUGUCCGAAGAGUGUUUGUGGACAUACUAAGGGCGCUGGACACCCAGUAUGGACGGCCCUUGAUGAUGACCAACACGCAAAACGUCAACAAGGAGCCCGAUGAGAUGAUCACUGGGGAGCGCAAGCCGAGAAUCGAGCUGUUCAGAACUUGCGUAGCAGCGGUUCCAAGAUUAAUCCCUGAUGGAAUGACCAGUAGCGAGCUAGUGGAUUUGCUCAGUCGUUUGACGGUUCACAUGGACGAGGAAUUGCGCGGCCUGUCGUAUUGCAGCCUGCAGAGCCUGGUGGUGGACUUUCCAGAGUGGCGCCAGGACGUGCUUUGGGGGCUGACGCAGUUUGUGGCCAAGGACAUAUUGGACACGUUCCCUUUGCUGAUGGAACACGGUCUGAAGAUGAUCCUCACGUUGCUCUGCGCGUGGAAAUCGGCCCUCACCAACACUCCCUUGAACAGUGGCACUCUUCGUAUUGCAAAGGAUUACAGCGACAUGAAGUCGACGACGCCCGACCCGAAUCUCACAAAAAAAACUGAUGUUGGCAAGUCAGAGCCGCUCUCUUCAGUGCUUUACUUCGUCGAGGCCUUGGCUGUGGUGAUGCUCUGCAAUUACCGUUUGACCUCCAGGCGUUUAUCCGUGCUGAUCCUGAAGGAAGUGAAGAGCCUUUUGAAGCUAUUGGGCUGCUCGGACAAUGUCCCGGUGAUCGAUGUGCUGGACCAAAACUGUGCAGCUAUUUUGGACCGAUGCCUUCCACUGAUCCCUCCAGCAGAGAAAGCUACCAUUCAAGCGGCAACUAAUGUGGAUUUUCAAUGGCUGGCAGAUCGCAGUUCUUCCACAUGGACGAUGGGCCAGAUCGAAGAAAGCCCAAACAAGAACCAAGGCGCCUACAGCUUCAAUGUCGUCGACCCGUGGAGUGUGUGCCUUUUCGGGUUUCUCGAAAAAGACAAGAUUCUCAGCUUGUGUCCCAUGAUGAUUUUGCAUUCUUGGCCCAUAGUUUACACCCGCUUGAAUGCCCUGUACUUUGUCGUUGAUCCCACGCCAUUGAACGACAAUAGGGCUUCGCUGCUCAGAAGCGCCACUGCCGUCAAAAAACCGCCUACAGAACGCGACGCCUACAUGCAUCUUUGGAAGAACUAUAUCACUUUUGCCUUUAAAGUGGCCCCGUUGAUUUCGAAUCCCAUAGUGAGAUGCGCCAGCCCCGAUUUGAGCUUGAGUUCCUCUCCGGAUAGUCUAAGCCAGGAGAAAAGCGACACGAAACUUUCCGCUAAUAUUUCACCGACGGCUCUCUAUAAAUUGGUUAUGCCCCAUUUGAGAUGCGAGGUCAAUGAUAUUCGAGACUCUGCUGUAUAUGCGGCGGGAAAUAUUAAUGGGCACGCGCUCCGAGACCUCCUGGAGGAGCUGACUGUGCACAUUCGAGACGCCGUCGAUAAGAAGCAGGAAAACGUGAGGAGAAGGCGCAGGAGAGAUGCUUUAAGGCUGCAGAUUAUGAGGCUGCUGGAGUUUAUAGCGGAAAACGGGACCUUUGGCACUAGUUCGUGCACAGUGGAUAAAGAUUCCCAAGGCCUACACCCAUCUUUGGUGGAAUUCAUCGAAGGCGUGAGACACUACUUGGAAAACGAACCGGACAAGAACUCGAACACAGUCAGAGACUUGACGCUCCAUUUUUGCCACUUUUUGCGAAAAAUGAUCAAGAAUUUCAGCUUGGAUGUUCGCAGAAGCUUGCUGAAAAGGGAUCUAAGGAAGAGCCUUUUUGUGCUUUUUACCAAUUGGGUGGGCAGGUACACGAUAUUCAGCACAAAGAUCCUGCAACCUGAAAGCGACAUGUCCAAUAAGAAACACGUAGAACUGCAGUUCGUCUCCUUGCUGGCGAUGAGCUCGCUUUUAUGUUGCGGCCCUUGCUUUGACAGUCUAACCGAGGAAAGUCCCUACUAUCUGUGGCUGGAUGCUUUGCUGAAUAGUUCAGAUGAGAAGGUGUACAACUUGGCGCAGGAGACAGUUAUUCUGCUGCUUGAAUCCAACCCCGAUGUGCCUCAAUUGCUGGAUUGGAUAGUCGAUAAAUGCUACACAGGAUCGUCCAAGGUAGCUGACUGCUGCUUUUUGGCUUUGGCGACGAUUUUCAGUGCCAGAGAAUACCCUUGCGACCAUUACACCGCUAUAAUCAAUGUGACUUUGAUGAAUACGGGAAGCCCUAGACAAAACGUGCGGGACACUGCGCUGCAGCUGCUGCAGCUUUUGGAUAAGCGAUUUUUCGGCAGCGUUGGCCCAUUGCAGGAGAACGAUUUGGCGGAAGGCGACAAAGGACGUGACACCUUGGACGCGGUUCUGGCCAUGUCCUACUGCAGAUCCCAGAUGCAUUUGUCCAGACAGCUGGCUCUUUUGCACCCUGAUUUGACCAUGCCGAUGUUUUCAGAAAUCACCUAUCGGUUCCAAACAGCGCGGCCGGAAGUCAGGCAGUUGCUGCUCACUUAUUUGCUGCCCUGGCUGCAUAAUAUGGAGCUGGUCGAUCCCAACAUCCCCUCGAAUCAUCCUCACAUGUACCAGUUUUAUGCCAGUGAAAUGGGCGCUGAGCGCAAGGAGGGCUGGGGCUCAGCCGAGGCCACUGAAAUGGUCCUGAAUAAUAUCUUCUACAUUACGGCAAAGUUUGGAGACAGUCAUUCCAAGGAAGUCGAGGAGUUGUGGGGCAUAUUGUGCACAUCCUGGCCCAAUAAUAUGAAAGUGAUCAUCCGAUAUCUCAUCAUUAUAUCAGGGAUGGCGCCCUGCGAGCUGCUGCCUUAUGCCAAGAGAGUCGUUUUGUACCUGGCAAGAGUGCAGCCGGUGCGCUUGUUGGACGAAAUGAUGCUGGAACUGCAGACGGUGGAAACCUUGAAUUGCUUGAUUGAACGAACCGAAACUCCGCCGUUUUAUCGGUUGACUGUGAUGCGCAAAACGUCCAGCCACUCGGACGGAACCAAUGGGGUUGCUGGCCAAAGCGACAGCAGCAGCCGAAACGACUUGAGUAUCGAAAAGGGCACCAUUCAUACCAAGAGACACAGCGGCGAAGAUCCGUCCAAAUCAGUGGCAAAAUCGGAGUCCGGAGCGAAUAUGUUCACUGAUUUUAGCAUGAAUAACAAACUGCGAAAUCCUGAUGAGUUGAGCAACUCUUUGGAGGAGGUAGGGCCACUUGAGAUAGGGAUGUUAAAGGCCAGCUAAUCAAUGCCAUUUCAGACUUCCAACGGAGACGAAAUUGUUUUGCGGGAAAAGGUCGAUAUUCCGCAGCCGCAUCCGCUGCCGAUGCCCGAGUUUGGCGGCUUUUUUGCCCCGCUCACCGAGUACUUGCCCGACACUUCGCAGCCUAUUUCCGGAUUCCACAGGUGCAACGUGGGCGUAAUGCUGCUCUGCGACAUCGUGGUGGAUGGAAUCGAACUAGACUGGGCAAUCCACGUUCCGCUGAUGUUACAUAUACUCUUCCUCGGCCUGGACCACACCAGAACCAUCGUCUACCAGCAUUGCAAGCAGCUGCUGUUGAACUUGCUGGUUGUUCUGGCGCAGCACAACGACCACUUGAUUGUUGCCCAUGUUCUGCUCAACAGCCAGUCUAUGCAGCUGGAGCUGGGGCUGUCCACUCCGUCGCUGCCUGUAGUCAAUCACGUUUUCACAGAAGUCGAUUCCACCUUUGACGAUUUCCUGUACAGCCAAGUGGUGGCGGGCGCAGCAGCGGAGCCGGCCAGCAAAACGAACCUGCAGAGCAUCUCCUCAAAGGGCGAGGAAUCAAGUGAUGAAACGGACGGUGCGCUGCCUCCAGCCAUAGUUCUGCCCGACGGUUCCGAUCCAGUGCUGCCUGUUAAGCUGGAACUUACCACGUCGUCCGUAAUCAAGUCCCUGAUCGAUUUCCUGGCCACCAAACAGUCCCCGCUUUGGAACUACGAAGAUAUCACAGCCAAGGUAUUCACCAUCAGGAGCGCUGAACAGAUCGACAUAUUUCUGCAGUAUAUCCUGCGGGUGUUCAGGGACUCGUUGCCCAAUGCCCACAUUAAUGAGCGAUGGGCGCAAACCGCUUUACAACUCGGUUUAAGUUGUUCGUCGCGCCACUACGCUGGAAGGUCGUUGCAAAUUUUCCGCGCACUCCGAGUGCCAAUCACCUCAAGAAUGCUCUCCGAUAUUCUGAGCCGAUUGGUGGAAACUGUUGCGGAACAGGGCGAAGAUAUGCAAGGCUACGUAACUGAGCUGCUGCUCACUCUGGAAGCUGCGGUCGAUUCCCUGGAAUCCGAUUUCCGGCCGCUGGACCUGACCAAGGAGAUAUUCAAGUCCACUCCCAACUUGAACAAUAAAGACGCCGUCUCCUUCAAGAAGAAUCCAGACGGGACUAAUGCUGUUGCUACGCCUAUAUUGAAUCAUUCAAUUUCAGUGGGUCAUGCUAGAAGUACGAGCUAUUCCGUCUCAUACGGGUUCCGUAAAAGCGUGCCUGUGAGCGACGAAAAAAAGAACAGAAGCACUUCGAAUGAUGUUGAGCUAAAUAGAGCAAAGUUCUCGUCCAAUCUGUCGCGGUCCAGGUCAGCACAAAGCCUCAAAAUGCUCGGCGAUUCGGCUACUCAAGAUGAUAAGCUCACCAUCCUUGCGCAGCUGUUCUGGUUGGCCGUGUCGCUCUUAGAGUCGGACUAUGAACACGAGUUUUCCCUGGCCGUUAAACUCCUGGCCAGAGUAAUGCAUAGACUGCCCUUGGACAGGCCGGAUGCCCGAGACAAAGUGGAGAAGCUGCAGCAGCAGCUGAGAUGGAACAAUUUCCCCGGCGUCCAUGCGCUGCUGCUGAAGGGUUGCACUCAUCCGAACAUUUAUGAGUCCGCUGUGGAGCUUUUGUCGCAUUUCACGCAUUUGCUGAACUUCGUGGUAGUGGAUAGUUCGCAAAGCAUAGCAUUUCCCAUGAAUGUGAUCGCGCUCUUGCCGUAUAUGCUCUUAAACUAUGAGGAUGCCAACGAGCUGUGCAUUAGAGCCGCUGAUAAUAUUGCCCAGGUCAGCAUUGAAAAGAGCAAGAAGCUAGAAAAUCUGGGCACUGUGAUGAAUCUAUACAGUCGACGCACGUUCAGCAAGGAGAGCUUUCAAUGGACCAAGUGCGUGGUCAAGUAUCUGCAUGACACCUACUCGCACUUGGGCCUCACUAUGCUCUCCUUCCUGGUGGAGAUUUUGGAAAAAGGCCCCGGCAACCUGCAGCUGCCCAUUCUGAACAUUAUUCAUUGCGUCCUGCAUUACGUGGAUUUGGCCACGCCAGCCGCCCAGCCCAUCAACGCUGAUCUUCUGAAAAUCAUCAUUAAGUACCUUGAAGGUCCUCAUUGGAAAGAAGCCCUGAAGAUCCUGAAGCUGGUGGUAAGUCGCUCAAGCUCUCUGGUGGCUCCUCCCACGUCACUGAUCACUCAUUGGGAGACGCAUUUCGCCUCCAUCCCACACCCGCCUACUUUCACCGAAGACAGCGUUUUUGCCAAAAAAGAGCUGCCAGGGAGGACCAUGGAGUUUACCUUCGAUCUCUCCCAAACGCCGGUGAUCGGAAGGCGGUUCUUGAACAAAGGCGAAGACGCCGAGAAGGCCAAAGCAGUGGUAACUCCGCGUCGAUCUUGCUCGAUUAGUCCUGCCGAUGUGAGUUCGCAGAGCGGCUGGAAGCGGCCCUGGAUGUGCCAGGGACGUGUCAGGGAGUGCCUUGUGAACCUCCUAACAACUUGCGGCCAAAGAGUGGGCCUUCCAAAGAGUCCAUCGGUGAUAUUCAGUCAAACAUCCGACUUGAUUGAGAGACAAUCGAGCAUGGCUUCCAGCACUGAAGAGGUUUCCGCAGGAAACAACGACAUGAGUGGCGGAUCGAGGCGAGACGACGCCGCCGCCGAAUUCGGUGUGUUUAAAGACUUUGAUUUUCUGGAGUACGAGAGCGAAAGCAUAGAGGGCGAAAGCACGGAUAACUUCAACUGGGGCGUGCGCCGUCCCCAAUUCGGGCAGGACGAAGAGGAGCCGGCCGCAGUGAAGCUCGAGGACAGCAUCAGCGAAAAAACCCCAGUGCCAACCGUAAGAAAGCCGCUGCUAACUGAAGAAUCGUCGGACGAUGAAAUCGAGACUGAGUCCCCGCUGGACGAAAUAGCAAACGUUCCUGACUUCGAUAACAGCAACGCUGAGAGCAGCGGCGUCUUUCCACCGUCUUCUCUGGCCCUGAGGGAGCAGCAGGCCAACUCCAGCGCCAGAUCAGACACCAGUGGCUCGAGUGCUGGGGAUUUGGGCGACGUGACGCCCUGCAAUGCCUCCCCGAACCUGCCUGGCAUGUUGCACAGCAGGAUGGGCAAGAGCGACGUUCUGGAUAACUGGAACGCCUUCGUGCAGUCCAACAACUUAUCAACGCCCGCCAAUUGUUUGCAGUUUUUCCACCACAUGCAACGCUUGGUUUCAGAAAUUUCCCAUUCGACCAUCGAAAUAACCAAGGAGUCGUGCGCUAACAUGCUGCAAUCUACCAUAGGCAGCGAGGUAACGAUUAAGCUUUUGACUGCGCGGCUUAAUUCCAUGAUGGACAUAGUCAAUUAUAGGGUGCUCCCUAGGAAUGUUAUAUGGUUCAACACCAUGGUGCUGAGCAACUCGCGGUUCUACGAAACGUUGAAGUACGGCCUGUUGGAGGUGCAGGAGCAUCUGGAGACUUUCUGUGAUAAACGCGAUCAAGCCAUGAUGUACUGCGAUGCGGUAAAGGCCACGCUGAAACUAGAACUACUUGGGGGACAUUCGUCGGACUUUCAGCAGGAGCAGUAUUUGGUUGAUUUGGGCAAGGCCCUCUACAAGCUCUACUUUCAGCUGAUUCUACUGGUCGAGGCCGGCAAUAAAAUGAUUUCUGCCUUGCACAGCAGCGUGAGAAGCGGAGAGUUCAGAGACGUGAGCGGCAGCAUUUUAACAAUCCGGGCUGCCAUUACGAGGGCUCUAGAAGACAUGGAAGCGGACGGCGGAGUUACCUCGGCAGUCACCGGAAUAGUAACAUCGGAUAAUCUGGUGGACAAUCUAUGCAUGCUGAUCGACAACGAAAAGUGGACCUCAGUUAUUCUGUUCUACAAGUGCAACAAGGAGGCGUUCCUGAGGGAGAAUGAGGACAUUUGCGAUAAGGGCAACGAUGUGCUUUCCGUCCUCAAUAUCUACUGCCGCAAACUGGUCGCUGAUAAGCCAGAGUGUUAUGUGAUAUCGAACCAGGAUCUGGAGCUUCAAGGCGUGUAUACGAGGGUUUAUCAGGUGUCAGCGGCGGUUUCCGACUUGAACGAGAGCUUCGAAAAGGACUGCGGCCAGGGCAAAACUUUGGGCGAAAGUAGCAGCAGCAAGUGAAUCUCAUCAGUGUGUUCCAGACACAUGGGCUCGAAGCUACCGGGACUCUUCUGUUUCCUUCUCCAAGUCUAACAGCACUGGGACGUCCGACAUCAAACUCCCUAGUAUUGUAUACAUUUUUUAUAUUGUUUUAUAGCGCAUCGUAUGUUAUAGGCGAAGCUGCAUGUUCUCAUGUUCAUAAAGUUAAUGCUUCCUA